UAUUAAAUUAGGAGGGGUUGGGGUGUCGUGAAUGGUAUGAGUAGAGAUAAUGGCCUAUGCUAGCAGACAUUUCUACAACCAUAUUCUUCUCAUCUUCCUUUCAUAGAUUCUUUCAAUCGUUGAUGUCCAUUAAUCCCACACUUCUUAUGUUCUUCUUUUCCCUCUUCAACUACAGCAGCAAAGUGUCAUGUUUAGUAAAUAAUAAGAUUACUUUGUUUUAAAAAUCAGCUCGAAAAUUCUGUUGAUAGAUCUCAACAGGGUGUUGUUACAGGUGAAGUUUGGGUCUGGGGGGUCAAACAAUAAAAUCCACAUGUUUAAUUGCUGUCUUGGUGCUUGAUUUUAGGAAUUUAAGGAUUUCCUGUCAGAUUCUUUUGGCUUGAGGAAGAUUAUGUUAGCUAAGUUUUUAUUGAUUUGAUAUCUAGUUUUGGAACCCUUUUGUUUUUCUGGACAUUUUGGCCUAGUCUUUUUCUUGUUCUGGGAUUUGGGUGGUGGUUAGAAAAUUGAAACUCAGAAUCUAGAGGGAUUCUUUCAUUCUCUCUCUUUCUCUUUUUCUUUUAUGGUAAUUGUGAAAAAUUUCCAUGGUCUUCCUCAAUUCAAGGUCCUAUAUCUUGCAUUUCUCAGUUAUUAGAGGGUGUAGUGCUGGAUAAGAUGGCAUCUUUUGUUUUUUUUCUUUCCCGCACGGUUACAACACCUUCUGUCUUGUAGUCAAUUUGGAGUUUGCUGGGUUUGUUUUUUUAAAUAUUUUAUUCUCUUAUCCCAAGGUUCUUGAGGUUUUCUGGUGAUGUUGGAUUUUACUAGACAGUUUUCUAUAGAUUUGACAAUGGGUCUCUCUCUUUUCUAGCUGGAAUUAACAAGCAAGUAAGACCCACUUUCAGGCUAAGGGGGGGGGGUUACUGUUUGCUUAGUUAGCUGGUAAUUGGUCACUGUUUCUUGGAUGAGUUUGCUCCAUGUAUUUGGGUUUGGUUUAAAGGUGGGGCAUCUGGUUUGGAUGUUAUGUUGCUGGAUAGCAUCUAUGAUUUUAAUGAACUGGUCCAUUAAUGGUGAAUUUAAGGACCCCAAGGCUGGUCUCCUUGGUGAUAGUGGUAGCAAGAUGUGGUUCAAAUGUUGGGAUGAAAUCUCAAAGUAUAGCUUCAAGAUCCACCAUCAGUACUACCAGUAUAUUGGUUCCAAGAGAGUUGGCAAGUCUUGGUCGAGAAAGCUCUUGUUUUCAUGGGUAAUUGGUUGGACCUUGGCUUCUAUUUGGAUCUUCUGUUGUAUGAGCUCUCAAGCUACCGAAAAGCGCAAGGAGAUGCUCGCUAGCAUGUGUGAUGAGAGAGCUAGGAUGUUGCAGGAUCAAUUUAAUGUCAGCAUGAACCAUAUCCAGGCUCUCUCUAUUUUGAUCUCAACUUUCCACCAUGGGAAAUACCCCUCUGCUAUUGAUCAGAGGACUUUUGCGAGGUACACAGAACGAACUGCUUUUGAGAGGCCCCUCACAAGUGGUGUGGCAUAUGCUGUAAGGGUGCUCCACUCUGAAAGGGAACAAUUUGAGAGGCAACAGGGCUGGACUAUUAAGAGGAUGGAUACCCUUGAACAAAAUCCAGUUCACAAGGAUGACUAUCAUCCCGACUUCUUGGAACCGUCGCCAAUUCAGGAAGAAUAUGCUCCUGUUAUCUUUGCCCAGGAUAGCGUUUCACAUGUGGUUUCUAUUGAUGUGCUGUCUGGAAAGGAGGAUCGUGAGAAUGUAUUGCAGGCAAGAAAAUCAGGAAAAGGGGUGCUCACAGCUCCUUUUAGAUUACUCAAAACAAAUCGUCUUGGAGUUAUUUUGACAUUUGCAGUAUACAAGAGGGAUCUUCCCUCAAAUGCAGCUCAUAAUGAGAGGAUUCAAGCAACUGACGGGUAUCUUGGUGGAGUGUUUGAUAUUGAGUCACUCGUCGAGAAGCUGCUACACCAGCUUGCAAGUAAACAAACAAUCCUGGUGAAUGUGUUGGACACAACUAAUCAGUCUUACCCGAUCAGUAUGUAUGGCUCUAAUGCAUCAAAUGAUGGGUUGGAGCAUGUCAGCCACCUUAAUUUUGGAGAUCCUUUCAGAAAGCAUGAGAUGCGCUGCAGGUUUAAACAAAAGCCACCAUUGCCAUGGUUAGCAAUAACUACUUCGAUUGGCAUCCUUGUAAUUGCAUUACUUGUUGGGCAUAUAUUCCAUGCAACUGUUAACCGAAUUGCCAAGGUGGAAGAUGAUUGCCUUAAGAUGAUGGAGCUCAAAAAACAGGCUGAGGCAGCUGAUGUUGCCAAAUCUCAGUUUCUUGCUACUGUUUCCCAUGAAAUCAGAACUCCAAUGAAUGGUGUUCUGGGAAUGUUGGAUAUGCUUAUGGACACGGAUUUAGAUGUUACGCAACUAGAUUAUGUCAGAACUGCACAAGCUAGUGGGAAGGCACUGGUUGCUCUCAUAAAUGAAGUUUUGGAUCAGGCUAAGAUUGAAUCUGGUAAGCUAGAGCUCGAGGAAGUGCAGUUUGAUCUACGAGCCAUCUUGGAUGAUGUGUUGUCACUAUUUUCUGGGAAGUCUCAGGACAAAGGAGUAGAGUUGGCUGUUUACAUCUCUGAUAGAGUCCCUGAUAUGCUAAUUGGUGAUCCUGGGAGAUUUAGACAAAUCAUCACCAAUCUUAUGGGAAACUCAAUAAAAUUCACUGAGAAAGGGCACAUCCUUGUUACAGUUCAUCUUGUGGAAGAGGUGAUUGAUUCUAUAGAAGUUGAGACAGAAUCUUCAUCAAAGAACACUUUGAGUGGUUUUCCUGUUGCAGAUAGACGCCAGAGCUGGAAAGGAUUUAGAACUUUCAGUCAAGAAGGAUCCAUGCAUCCUUUCUCUGACAGCAUUAAUCUUAUUGUAUCGGUUGAAGAUACAGGAGUAGGAAUCCCCCCAGAAGCACAGUCUCGUGUUUUCACUCCUUUUAUGCAAGUGGGCCCUUCUAUUUCCCGAACACAUGGUGGCACGGGCAUUGGACUAAGCAUAAGCAAGUGUUUGGUUGGUUUAAUGAAAGGAGAAAUUGGUUUUGUUAGCAUUCCUAAGAUUGGUUCCACUUUUACUUUUACUGCUGUUUUCACUAGUGGCUGCUCUAGCUCAAAGGAGUACAAAAGCCAGCAAAUCAACUGCCAGUCUAAUACUGUUUCCUCGGAGUUUCAUGGGAUGAGAGCAUUAGUUAUGGAUCCUAGACCUGUCCGUGCCAAGGUAUCAAAAUAUCAUAUCCAACGGCUGGGAAUUCAUGUUGAAGUAGUUUCUGAUUGGAAACAAGGUUUAUCUAGCAUAAGCAGGGCAAAUAAUGCAAUCCACAUGGUUCUCAUUGAACAAGAAGUUUGGGAUAGGGAUCUAAAGAGUUCAGGUCUUUUCAUGGAGAAAAUAGGGCCCGGUUCUCCUCCAAAGGUAUUCCUUUUGUCUAAUUCUAUCAAUUUUUCCAGAGGAAAUACUACUCCUGGUGCCUAUGGCUUGACCGUCAUCUCGAAGCCCUUGAGGGCUAGCAUGUUAGCAGCAUCUCUACAACGAGCCAUGGGCAUUGGGAGCAAAGGGAAUCCCUGUAAUGGAGAGUUACCUAGCUUGUCUCUUCGGAAUCUUCUUCUUGGGAGAAAAAUUCUAAUUAUCGAUGACAACAAUGUCAACCUGAAAGUUGCUGGUGGUGCACUGAAAAAAUACGGAGCUGAUGUGGUUAGUGCAACAAGAGGAAUAAAGGCUAUUGAACUGCUGACACCACCUCACCACUUUGAUGCCUGUUUCAUGGAUAUCCAAAUGCCAGAAAUGGAUGGAUUUGAAGCUACGAGGAUAAUUCGGGAUGUGGAACAGAAUAUCAAUAAUCAUAUUAAAUUUGGAGAAAUUUCAGUGGAUGAUUACAACAAUGUUUCAAACUGGCAUGUACCCAUUUUGGCUAUGACAGCAGAUGUUAUCCAAGCUACACACGAGGAAUGCCUACGGUGUGGAAUGGAUGGAUAUGUGUCAAAACCAUUCGAAGCUGAGCAGUUAUACCGGGAAGUUUCACGAUUUUUCCAUUAGGCAUUAUUAGAUCAGAAACUGUUGGAAGAACAUCUGCUCAUGACUUGGCAUGGGCACUAAUGGGACUGCCUGUACUUUGGCAUUCUUUGCGAUACCUCAAUAAAUUCAGAUUAUUCCCAACAGGAAAUAUUUGUUUUUGUUGCAGAGUGUACAUAGAAUCAUGCUUGAAUAUAGGGAUUGAGUUUUCUUGUAGUUUUACAAUUAAGAUGGCAAAGCCUGUUGAUCCUUUUGUUUUGAUUUGUAAAGUUGGUCAUUCCAAUUCCAAGUCCUUUUCAGCAGGGUUGGUAAAUUGAGAUAUCUGUGCAGUAAGAACUAAUUGACUUGGGGUUAAAAAGCAGUUUGCUAAUGGAAAUGGAGGGAAGAAAUCCAAUUCCAAUUCCUGGAGUGUGUUCAUAGAAAAUUGCAGCAAUCCUCGUUGUGUUAGUAAUAAAAACUCCUGCAAAAUUAAAGCUGUUUUCUCUGAACAUUAUUUAUUGUAUCAUAGUGAUCAAAUUGAAUUGAAAGAAUUGAAGAUUGCUUGCUUCUCAGCUACUGAAGGGGAGAUUGCACCCUUGUAAAUUAACCUUGUAUUCAUAAUGAUUGAUUACUCCUUUUCCUUUUUGUUAA